AUGAGUUACAAAAUCUCUCGUGCGGAUACCUCUGAGAUUAUACGGCCAUUACCAUUUGUCGAACAGAACUACGCGCCUUCUUUUGUAGGUUUGAACUAGUCAUUACUGCAUUGAAAGUGGUUAAUUUUAACGAACUGUUCAGUUGAGUAAGGCCCCUUCUUCUGCUGAUGUAAAUCUUGUGAAGCCGUCCCCAGUCCAGCUCCCAGAUCGGAUUUAUUCGGCUUCGACGGUCUCGUUUCCCUAUCGAUAUCACAAAGAUUUUGAUCUUGUGGUAAGCAGUAACACUCAAGCAAUUGUUUAUUUGUACCUUAAUAUUGCAGCAUGAAGAUUAUUGGAGCAAUCGCCAAAAGUAUUUCUCUCCAUUGUACGAUAAAGUGAAUCGCUUCAACGAGAGUUAUUACUUGAACAAGUCCAGGCCGUAUUGGACCAGUUAUCGCAGUGAACUGUAAGCUUUUUGUAUUCCGGCAUCUCCUUUCUUCCAGAUACGAUUACAGUCAUCCAUAUUACCGCACGCGUUACACUGGACCCACCUAUGAGCCCUAUUACCGUACCACAUACUAUUCUCCGUACCGUGCCAGUCUCUACGAUAAUCUCGCGUUAAGUUUUCAUAAGGCGCUCGGGGCUUAUCGGAACGGAAUUACGACUUUCAGCUCGCUAG